AUGUCUGAUGAUGAUAUCGAAGAUUUCGAUCUCGAUCCAGAAACGCUGAAUAAGAUAGCAGCUACUGAGGCCCACUUCCUAGCCUCACAGAAGCCAAAGCCCUUUGAUUCUCCCAUCGAUGUGCCUUCUCCCGACGAUCCACCACCACGCAAGCUAACACGGAGAACUGGUCCUUCGAUAUCCAACACUCUCGCACGCUCAGCGCAACGCCUUGAUAUACCCAAGCCCUCAAAACCCGCCUCCGCCUUUAGGAAUCCACUUGCUACCGAUAACCAACAUAAUGGUGAGGAUGGAAGCUUAGAUUUAGAUAAUAAAUCGUUUGGGGCAUCUGCUCAGGCUAGGUCUACACCGGCGUUUAAUGUUGAGCCCGUGCGCGCUACGUCUGCUGUUUCUGCUGCUGCUCCUUCUUCGCGAGGUAGCAGUGGCAGUGGUCUUGCAGUCGAGAUUGCGAGGUUGCGUAGACAGCAUGAUGAGGAAAUGGAGAAACGAAUGCAGACUUCGAACCAGUUGAAUGCACAAUACGAGAUUAAUUUUCGCGCUCAGGGUGAAAUUGAGACAGUCAGAAGACAGGCAUUGAAAGAUCAAGAAGAGCUCAAGACACAAAGGGAGAAGCUUCGUAUGGAGAAUAUGCGUUUAAUCGCACUCAAUAGCGAGCUGAACAAGAAGUCUGAGGCGAAUAACGAGAAGAUGGAAGUCAACAUGAUGUUCAAACAACACGAAGCUGAGACUUCGGAGUUGUCACGAUCGAGAAUUAGCACAGCCAGCCCGGAAAAAACACAGCGGCGUCAACCAAGACCGCCUCUUGAAGGCUUCAGCGACUUUCACGACUCGUUCGCCGCUGCUUCGCCGUCCUCUCACACGCGCAGUAAGACAACUGCGCCUCAUGCAAUACACAAGCCAGCAACAGCACGUGCAAAUGCAAAAGCAAAUGGAAACAUAGGCAAGACUCGCAUAAAUAGAGAUGGCGACGAUAUGGACUGGGAAAGCGAGCAGCCUUUCUUGCAGAAAAGCAAAGAAAUCUCAGCUGAGAAAGCUGGCGUCUCUAACGUCUGGACUGAAAUUACGCAGCUUAUCUUCAGUCAUAUAUGCUGCUAUCCUUCAAUAUCAACCAAGGCAUAUAGACAGCUGACACUUCAACUAAUCUUAAAUGCACCGUUUGAUGAAAAUGCUGUAGCUAGAGAUGUGGAAAGGUAUAACAAGGCAUCUAUAAAGCUGCUCGAGACAUUUGGGGAGACGGUGAUGGAGUUCGAUCAGGGCGAUGCCAUUAAUAAGGUCGUUAAGAGUCUAAACGUCUUCGUGCAGGUUUUCCUCAACUGUCAAAUGCUCUCCCAUCUAGCUGAGACAUUAGCAUUGCUGGCAUCUCUUGUCUAUGCACAUGAAAAUAUACUGGGGUGUCUGUUGGAUCCCAGUAGUGGUAGAGAGGGAGUAUCGCUUGUGUCAUCUAUAAUCGACCUCAUACUUGCCCACUUGAAGCCGGGUAAGAGUAUCAAGGGCGUUGAAGAGUCCAACGAGCCUGAAUUGAUAGUAGAAGAAGUGAUCAAAGAUAAUCUCACAGACUGUGUACUAAAUUUGCUCGAAAUUAUAGUGCUCCAAUCUCAAGAUAUUUAUCCGAACAAAUUGACUCCGCUUUUGAUAAACUCGGAGGCUUUACAAAUACCACUGCUACCAAGUCAGAAAUGGUGGUGUGUACAUAGAUGGACAAGGUUUCUGUUAUUCGCGUCUGCGCAUAGGCUUUUGACAGUGGGAAUAUUAAACCAGCCACGAAGCAAUCAAGUGCCUAGCGCAGAGAACGGGUACAAUGCAACAUUAUUGAGUAUGCUCUCUGGAUACCUUACGACACGACAUGGAGGAAUGACAGCAUUAGACACGCACCAUCACCAGCUUUUAAUCUUAUCAUUACUACAUACGGUAUCUGUAGAUGAUGAUACGGUACUGACGACGCUAGCUGACAGCAAAGUAUUGAUACCUUCUUUGAUCAACCUGUUGGCAAAAGACAGUGGUAUGCUGUGGAACGAAGACAGCGUAAUGCUUUAUCCUUCAGAGAUGGAGUACUCGACAGAGAUGGUGGUUGAUCGAAUAAUACCGACGCUGCAUCUGCUACACAAGUUAAUAAUAACAACCAACGAGGCGAAAUUGGCUCAAAAGCUGCAAAAUAAUAGAGCAUCAUUUCAACACAUGUGUAUAGUGAGUCUAGGGCGGAUAGCAUUUGCACAGUGUCCGGACUUUCUAAGUGAGACGUAUAAGGAAGAUAUGGAGUAUCUGUCGGAAACCGAUAAGGUUGAGCACAACUGGAAGAAUCUUCUGAGCGAUUCAUUGGAUUUGGAUAACAGUCGUACACUCUACAGCCAACUUCGAGAGUUUCCAAGUAGAAUCACAACCGUAAACGAUCUCGAUGACUUUUAUAAGGAUAUUUUCAAUCUGAUACAGCCAAUGGCAGAUGGAAUCUAUCAAGAUCACCAAAUCGACCCAUUCAGCUUAUUUGGCCUUUUUAUCCGCAAAGCCUAUUCCACCAAAUCGAACCUCACCUUUGAAGGCUCCAUAGACCUCCUCAAUGCAUUUCAAGCAUUUAUUUCUACCGAUACUUCUGUCUCCCAAGUCGGCCAAUAUGAGCAUCAAUUACUCUCCUGGUCAAGUUCAGAAGUCGAUGAGAUCAUUCCAAGACGUGUCGAAGCUUUCAAUGAAUUCCAGACUGCUUUCAACAAAUCUGAUAUUCACAGCGGUUCUGAUAGCCUGCGCAAAUUCUUCGACUACAGACCUUCGUCAAUCAAUUCGGAUACCAUAACCGGCUCAGGUUCGCACCAGCACGCUUUGCUAUCGCUGGCGUCUUUCUUCAUUUCUCAGGGUGUGAUAGAGGAGGCUCGGCGUGUGCUCAAUGAGUCGCUCACCAUGUCUCGGAUAUCGAAGGAUAUAGAGACACUGAAUGGGUGCAACAGACUGCUUCGCCAGCUAGACAGAAAGCUUGCCUGUCCCGAUCCCCAUGCGAAAUCGCUCGCCUCGGACGACAUAACGGUGAUGGACGAGUUGUUUGAUAUUAGGGUAGCGAUUGGUAAUGGCGAUAAGCUGAGCGAGUUGAUGACCCGCUCUACCAGAGCGCUGGUGAGGCUGGAUGAGGCAUCUGCACUUGAUAAGGUGGAUGCAUCACUACAGACAUGGGCAGCUGUGAAUGCAGCGAUAUGGGAGCUAGCUGGCAUCAAAUCUAUCCGCGACAUAUACCAAAAAUUGGCAACACAUGGCGAUACGUGGCACACAUCUGCACAGCUAACAACUCGCAUAAAUAUAUCCAACCAGUAUGCGCAGAACGGGGACUACACAAGAGCACUACAGUGCCUGUUCGAUGAGAAGCUGCUGAGCGAGAUCAAUCUCGUCGAGUAUGCAACCUGGACAGAGGGAGUAUGGGCAGUGCUGCGACGCCGUUCACAGAGAAUGAACCAACACAGGAAAGGCCCUGCGUCGGCUGCGUCUAGUGAGGUUGGUAUGAUAGGCAGGAUUGAUGGGCUAAUUUCGCAAUGUAUUGCAAGUGAUGGCAAUAGGGAUCUCGCACUCGAGCAUCUCCUGUUGGCAUUCAAGAUGGCUGACACUCGCCAGUAUUUCCCUCUCAAACUCAGAGCAUUUGUUGAGCUGGUCGGGAUGGAGACGCGCUAUCAGUAUGGUAUAGAUGUGGGCGACAGCGACGGAAUGUUCGAAAGAGCUAUCCACUCCCCCGACCGCGCGGUACAGGCGCGAGCGUGUGCAAUAUAUGCCGAGAAGGCCAUCGCAGAUGACGACAUGCGAAUGGCUGGCGCACUCCUCAUCAAGGCUGAGCAUAUCUAUGAGAAACUGCAAGAUGCUACCAGGCGCUGCGACUGUCUGUAUGCUUUGGCGGGUGUAUGGGAUAGGUGUGGGGACUCCGCCAAGCGUGAUAUGGUUGUAGAGACACUGGUGGCGGUGGAAGAGGAGUGCGAGAGCAAGUCGCCGGGAGCGGUAAAUUCAGUGCGCGAUAAAGUUCACGAUAAAGUUCACGAUGUCGUCUCCUCACUCAUCCAACAAUGGGGGAUAGUUAUAGCGUUGCGCGCGUGA